AGAGAGCCCGUCAGAACCGCCCUAGAGCUGUCGGCAUGAUCACGAUGUGUUUUUUCCGUCCUUCCGUUUGUGUGAUUGCGUGUGAAAAUCGCGUGUGACCCUUACUUCUUUUUUGAAGGUCUGAAGUUUAUUGGCUCAAGUUUAACAAAAAAUAAUCCUCGCUAAAGAUGUAUCCAGAAAGGAGAAAAAUGAGUGAAGCUCAUUUCUCGGGGCUGCCCUCGCAGAGCAACAUUUACGGCAUGACGACUCUAAACAUUGGAGACGCUAACAAAGUGCUGGUGUCUUGCCUUCAGAGAAACGUGUUCUGCAUUGAGUACACCAGGAACAAGAAGAAUGUGUUAACGCCCUCCUCCCGAGAAAUACACUUCACAUAUCUGCCAGAGGGAGCUGAUGUGAUUGCCAUCGAUGCAUUCAGCAAGCCAGUGCCCGACAACUUAGACAUAAUCAUCGGAAUUGCUUUCAUCAGGCCUGGAGAAAAUCAGCUUGCUAGACAUUAUCUCAACAUCUAUUCUCAGUCAGAACCAGGGUGUGGACUGGAUCUUGACAGAAUCGCACAGGGAUGUCAGAGUCUCGAGCUCAACUUCAUUCCCUACCAGCUCACUCAUGCGCUGCUGUUCCCUAACCAGGCUUGCCAGAGAAGUGGAGAGUUUGUGUUCCUCCUCUGUGGGAGUGACUGCAGGAUACAUCUUUUCAGAGAGGACAUACACCAGACCUACAGCGAGAUUCCAGUGGAAGAUUACUUUCCAGAAUUUGGAAACAUUCCUGACAUUGUCUUGGCAAUGGAUCUCAAAUACAAGGAUGAAGACAGCACUCGAAUUUCAGCCAUUGGAUGCGAGAAUGGAUUUGUACAAGUUGCGGUGACCUCGCAAAGAAGCAGCGGUGAAAUUGAAAUAACAUCAUCGUGGCAAGUUGACUUGGACUCACCAAUCUCUGCCCUGCAUCUCUUUGAAGACAGUGCCCACUGGCCGUUGCCAGAUUACAUAAAUCACACCGAACUUGCCAACAACUGCAGCUCGGAUUCAACACUGAAAACGCACCUUCUCGUUUGCCGCGCGCUGAUUUCUUCAUUUGUUUACAGGGACGUGCUUGACCGAGGCUUAGAGACGCACGCCAUACUGCCUUGCAGCGAUGACUUUGAUUCUGUCGUCUGUGGUUGCGUUGCCGAUAUCGACAUGGAUGGAGUGAAUGAAGUCAUAUUGGGGACUUAUGGUCAGGAGGUGCUUGUGUACAAGCUGAUGGGCCAGGGGUCAGGAAAGAAAGCCUAUGCAUUGCUUUGGCAUCAGACGGUCUCCCAUCCCAUCCUCUCGAUGAAGUACAUGGACUUGACAGGAGAUGGAAUUUGUGAGCUCCUUGUGCUGUCCACCAAGGGGCUGCACAUCUUACAGCAUGACCUUCGAGAGGCAACCAGCAUAUGCAUGGAAAGAAUGGAAAAGAUUGCAAAAUUUUUGAGUAAGUCUCCAAGCACGCUGGAUUGAAGAGCCAGAGAAGAAGGCAUCUGGUGGGUUUGAGAAAUUCUGUGCAAUUUAUUCGUUGUAUAUAGUACAAACAGCACAAUUAAAAGAGCUUAUUUACAAAAAA